AUGGGUGGUGCAAACUCUAAAACCGAGAAGGACGAAGCUCUGCGUCUCUGCAGAGAGCGCAAGAGAUUCAUCAAGCAAGCAAUUGAUUCAAGGUAUGCUUUAGCAGCUUCUCAUGUAUCUUACAUCAACUCCCUUAGAAACAUUGGCAUUGCGCUUCGGCGAUACGCCGAGGCUGAGGUGUUGAUAGAGUCGUCUCUGUCAACAUCAGACAAGACCCCAUCACACUCCUCCUACCCUUCACCGUCGCCAUCGCCUAUGGCUGAGGCUUCUGACUCGCCUAUGCACAGUGAGAGACCCGUUUCGCCUCCUGUGGCGACUCUGAGUUAUAUGAGGUCAGGAGGCGGUGCUGCUGUGACUGUAAGGUUCAAUCCGCUUAGUAGUAGUUAUAUGGAUGACGAUAUUCCGUUGCCACCACCACCACCUCCUCUGCCUGAGGAAGAUUCUUCUUGGGAUUAUUUUGAUCCUGUUGAUGAGAGUGAGAGCUUUAGGUUUGUGGGAAAUAGUGGAGUGGAUGUGAAUUUUGAUGAUAUCAGAGGGUGGAGACAGGUGAGGGGUGAAGAAACUAAUCAUAGUGUGGUGGAGGAGACAAGGAGAUGGGCAAAAGUUGGAUUAGAUGGAAGUAAUGAACAUCAUGAAGGAAGUACAAGGCUGAUAAUCGAGCAAAGGGCUUCCGAAGGUUCUGGUCAUUCAAUGACUCAAAAUGAUAGUGUAGAGCAUAAUGGCAAUUUGAUGAACUCGGGAGGAGUUGAUAGGUCUCUGCAAGCAGGUCAUGGUGAAGCAAGACAGUUAAACAUGGGACGUAAUGCCAAUGGGGCAGCUAGAAAUUUGACAGGCCAAGUUGCACUUGAGCAGUCUGGUUCGAAGAGAAGGGAGAAGGAUUUAUGUGCAGAAAGAGAGGACCCUUCGGAGUUUAUCACCCACAGAGCUAAAGAUUUUCUUUCAAGCAUAAAGGAUAUUGAGCAUCGCUUUUUCAGAGCUGCAGAAUCAGGUAGAGAGGUCUCCAGGAUGCUUGAGUCAAACAAAAUCAGGGUUGGAUAUUCAGAGGCAAAAGGUAGAUCAUCAGCUUUGGCUGUUGUCACUGCUUUCCAGAUCGUUUUCUGCCGUGGAAAGACUGCACUUGUUUCUCAAGAACCUACUCAACAUGCAACUAAAGUUAUUACCUGGAAGAGGACAACAUCUUCGAGGUCAUCUUCGUCAAGGAAUGCUCUUGCCACAGCAUCAAAAGAUGAUGUUGAUGACAGUGGAAGUGAUUUUGUUGAAGAGUUUUGCAUGAUUGCUGGAAGUCAUUCCUCCACUCUGGAGAGACUAUAUGCUUGGGAAAGAAAACUCUAUGACGAAGUAAAGGCAAGUGAAUCUAUUAGGAAGGUGUAUGAUCAGAAAUGUGAUCAACUUAGGAAUCAGUUUGCGAAGGAUUGUAGCAGUCAAGUUAUUGAUAAAACCCGGGCAGUUGUAAAGGAUCUUCAUUCACGAAUAAGAGUGGCAAUUCACGCUGUUGAUUCAAUAUCAAAGCGGAUUGAGAAAAUGAGAGAUGAAGAAUUGCAUCCACAACUUUUAGAACUUACUCAGGGAUUGACCAGAAUGUGGAAGGCCAUGCUUGAAUGCCACCAUGCGCAAUAUAUUACCAUCUCAUUGGCAUAUCAUUCGAAGAGCUCAACAGUAACUUCCCAAGGAGAUUCCCGCAGGCUGAUCAUGGCCCAACUUUUGGAUGAGAUUGAGUGUUUUGGCCUAAGCUUUGCAAACUGGAUCAACAGCCAUACGUCAUAUGUUGAAGCUCUCAAUGGUUGGCUACAUAACUGCAUCAUGCAACCAAGGGAGCGUUCCAAAAGCAGAAGGCCAUUUUCCCCUCGUCGAGUUGUGGCCCCACCUAUAUUUGUUCUCUUUCGAGAUUGGGCAGCCGGGAUCCAAGCAUUGCCGUCUAAUGAACUUACUGAUGCAAUCAGAACCUUCUUAUCAGAUCUGCGUCAUUUGAUGGCACAACAAGCAGAUGCACAGAAAAACCAGAGGACAGCUGAUGCAAACAACGGAGAAUCAGAGAACAAAGAUGAUGAGAACAGCGAAGAAUCAUCUCCAAACCUGAGCUGCAUACAUUCGAGCUUGACAAAGGUUCUGGAUAGACUGACUAAAUUUUCCGAGGAAUCAUUAAAGAUGUAUGAAGAUAUCAGACAGAAAAGUGAAGCAGCUCGAAUUGCAUAUCUAAACUGCAGGCCCAUUAGAUAUCAGACAGAAAAGUGA